UUCGUUUUCGUUCUUCUUUUUCUCCUGGCAAGACUUGACAGAACUGUGUCUGCUUCGCCAGCCGUCGCAUAAUAGUCUUCAGAAAACUACUAAAGACUGGUCUUGAUGUUCAAGACUGGGCCGCUAGUGCUUUAUUUAUACUAGCAUAGUGUUUCAAAAAGACGUGCUUACUGAAUGUUUGAAAAUUAUUUUGUUUAUCUAGUGAUAACGCUAUGAGACCGUUAGGCGCGGUCUAACGUGUAGUGUUUGUGCUCUCUGUAGCCCUCUGUAUUUAACGGCGAGCCGGUGUUGCCACGAGAGUUCGCUAUCCAUCGAAGAUACAAUGACAUAUUGGCUUUAAGUAACUGAGUAUAAUAAAUAUUAGAUAUAGUUAAAGGGCCCGUGGCUCCGCGCAACUCGAUUGUUCCGCCAGCUAUUGCGGUUGACUCCGCUCGGAUCAAUUGCAAGAGUUCUUGUAACUGCCACAAAAAAAGAAGACACCUAUUCCUAACCUGUUGUUCCAGUAUGCUGUGGUGGAUCGUGCCUAUUUUGAUUCACACAGCAAUCGUAGUUGGAGUAUCUGACAGUGGAACGGGACCCAAGGUGCCUUCGCGACGAGGUUUUGCGCGACUGGAGACAGCUCAUUGCGAAAUCGCGGGAAGCCGACGACCUCUUCUUGAAAUUCGAACGGUGGCAAUUAGCCCGAAUCCUAUUGAAUUGCCGGGCCGGUUCCGGGUGCAAAUCGAGUUCAAACUACGAGAAACGUUCAAAGAUAAACUCUCUCUUUCGCUUGAAAUGCAUAAAAAAUUCCAUAUUCUUUUUGGUCUGUAUACGUGGAUCAAAAUCCCUUGCCUCAGUGCAACAGGCGUCGGAUCUUGUACCUACGAGGAUAUGUGCCAUUUAGAGAUGUUCAAUGGAACUCAGUGCCUGGACGUGAUAACUAGAAAGGAGGCUGAUUGCCAAUGUCCAUACAACAAGGGACACUGGCGUUUACCUGCAACUGAAUUCUUCAUCGAAGAGGUUCCCGAACUACCUGGUUUUCUUCUCGAGGGAGAUUUUCACAUUAAAGCAACUGUAAAACGUGGUGACAAGCACAUUGCCUGCUAUUCAACAAACCUCAAACUCAAUCUGCACAAAAACGAAGUCUGAGCAUGCGUCACCUUC